AACGGGUUUUGCGUAUGACCAGUCCCUGGACACUGGAGGAAAAUAGUCCUGUCCUCAUUCCCAAAGCGCAAAAUUAUAUGUUCGCCUGCCGCAUCCUCCCGUUUGUCGUCCACUCUGGACUCGUUGGCUAAGGCAAAAAAUUCACGGACCGGUCCGGCGUGCCCGCAGGAGACUAGUUGAACCGGAGCAACCUACAAACCUAAUACACCACCCGAUACGUCGGGAAGAAUGCACUGCUAUAAGCACAGGUGGUGUGUGCGUUUGGUCUCCUCCCAUCUUUUUCUUUUUUUCUUUUCUUCGUAGUCGCCAAUCGCUCGCAUUGUUACGGGGCUUCAGUCUAUCGUCUUCAGCCGACUCGAGCGGACUGAUUCUAUCUUAGACAGUUACGACAAGCUACAAGUUCCCUUUUACACAGUGAGUGCGUAGACAAGCAAUCAGUGUUUUAUGUUCCCGAAAUUGAGAGACUCGAAGCCAAGUCGAGCGAAUAGACAUUACGGCAACGGAUAUUAAGCAAAAAAGCCAGCGGGUGGGGAAAUCGCUAACGUUUUUUUUUUAUGAAGCGGUUGUGUCCUCUUGUGCUAGACGUUCUAUUAGUGCGAUUUACGCGCAAGUUCUGUUACGAAUAGGCUCGCGUGAGACCCCGUGUGCGUUGUUCGCGCCACCUGUUUUAAUGGUUUUUUUCGGCCAAUUGAACUGGACCAACGACGAAGUUGGUGACCCAUAUACCGUAUUUGAUACUGAGAUUAGGUGAAUUGAAGAAAUGGAAUCACGUCCUUAUCGAGUUUGACGCGAGUGAGUGAUGUCUUGCAGUUUGUGCCCGUCGACCCAGAUCCAUCCGGACGAUAUCAAGAGAAACGCCGGAAGCGCCAAUUGUUGUUGGUUUGGAGAAGAGGGUCUAUAUCAUUGGCAAGCUAUUCAGCCACAGCGAGAGCAACAGGACGACUCGUGGGUUUUCGGUCUGGAGGACCAAUUCUUUCCGCUCUCUCCGCCGGAAGCAGAGCCGGCGGAGUCUCCCAGUGCCGUUGAUGGAUUGACGGAUGAAUUUCUGCAGUUUCUGGAAAAGCGGUUGGCCGACGUUGAUGGUGAGACGGAAGAUGACACGGUUCUACCAGAUUUGCCCGUUAUCGAGUCCCAUCCGAAACCGUCCAUUGAAGCCGCAAAGCCUGUUCCACCUAUCCGGCGCAGGCGGCUUCAGCGUUCCGUUUCUCUCCAGGCAGUUAAAGUUACCCCACCGCCGUUAUUCCAUGGCCGGCAAGUCGUAGAAUUUCCGGGCGUCCGUCAGGACGUCGAGAAUGGGCAGGAAUUCAACAAAACCCGUACGAUAAGCCGCGGCGGCAGUAUCGCCAGUGAUUUAAUUCAACGAGUGAAAAGAUGGGCUGCCGUCACUUCGACAUUCCGGCGAGCCUUCCGGAAAGGUAGCCCACAUCGGGCUCCCGUUCCAACGACCUUUACCGCCGUCCCAACAACCUGGGAUGACGGUAAGGACGGGCUCAAAUUCUACACGGAUCCGGAUUACUUCUUCGACUUGUGGCGACAGGAGAUGCUCAAAGAUACGGAACGCAUCCUCAACGAUAAAGGACGCAAGCCGCAUCGCGGUCGAAACGAAGGUGGUGGCGGCGGCGGAGGAAGCAGCGGAGGCGGUCGCCACAAAAAGCGGGUCCGCCAGCCGCACAACACCCGAGAGAAGCACCGUGAGCUGGCCAUCAACAAGGGCGAGUACAUCAGUCCACAGAACGCCUUGUAUCAGUCGCCACAGGCAUUGUAUUUGGAGGAUGGAACCAUGCUACCGGAUCCGAGUUCAACGUCACGGCCACCGCGUCCGAAUAGUAUUGAGGUGAAACGUAAUUAUCCCAGCGAGGAGGCCAUUUAUGCAUCCAGGAACUCGCGCAACCCGCAAGAUAAUGUGUACAGACCUGCUGGAAUGUCACUGCCGCCUCCGCCUUACGACGACGGCUAUCCGCAGUAUCCGCCUCCGCCUUACACUGCCGAUUCGCUGCUCCAGCUUCAGCAGCAACAACAACUACAUCAUCAGGCACAAUACCACCAGCACGCGGCUGCCGCAGCGGCGGCAGCAGCAUCCAGUCACUACGGCCCUGGAAUGAUGAAUCACCACAACCGGACGUUGCAACGGACCACAUCAGGAAGGCCCACUCAGCCUCCUCCAGCCCCGCCCGGGCAAAUGAAUCAUUCGCCCAACACUCAACAUGGUGGAUCGAACGCCACUAGAAAUCGUGUAAGUCAUCACACGUCGAUGAUUGGAACUAUGAAUAGGGAAUCACUCCCACCGCCGCCUCCACCACCGUCGGAGACGUACACCAGCACGGACAGAAUAUCGCAACUGCCUAAUCCACCCUACAUCUCGUCCGUCAUGGUCAACUCCGGGCCGCCGUUGAACACGCCUCCGCCGCCACCACCUCUGCCGCCUUCUGCCAUGCUGAUGCCGCCGCGCGAGAGCCGCGAAAGCUCUUCCGAGUCAGAUUUGCCGCUCCCGCCUCCGCCUCCGCUUCCAGAUACGGCUCCACCCGAUUUGCGGGCUCCGCCACCUCCGCCGCCGCCUCCUCCAAUGCCACUCAGCAGUCCUCCGCGCGACAACGGCCAUGUAGUGGCUAAUGGCGAUGUCGGCAAGUUGUUGAGCAAUUCGCCACCUAAAGUUUCACCUGGAAGGGGAGUGGAUGAAGCGAAUCAGUCAUCGCCCGUGUUGCUACAACCGGCUAAAUUGACUCCACGCGGUCCGCCUAUUCCUCUCCCAGCGCUCGAUGGACGCAGUGACCUUCUUAAGGCCAUCAGAGAUGGUAUAUCAUUACGUAAAGUAGAGAAAGGUCAACAACGUGAAGGAGAAAAGGGCCGAAUGGAUGCACUUCACGAUGUUGCUUCAAUUCUAGCUCGCCGAGUGGCGAUGGAGAUUUCGGAUUCUGAAUCAGGUUCUGAUUCGGGUUCUGGGUCAGAUUGGGACGACGAAACGAGUGCUUAAUUUCACACCUACGGUGCUCCAUGUUGGUGCAGUAAACCUCCAUUUGCGUCUUAAUGGAUAAUUGGGCGGAACAUAAAUUCCCACCAUUGAUGAGUAAU